CUUCAAGUAUAUCUCUUUAGCCGUACAAUUACAGUUACUCAUAACCGAGCUUAAGCGAGAUACUCAUCUAUCAGCCAUGGCUGUUGCCACAACAGUCACUGUGAGCUCACUAUGCGCAUCUCCACUGCUCUCACCUCGCACCGUGCCAAACUUUGUGUACCAAUUCGCACCAAAAUUCUCGUCUUUCAAAGUGGGUUUUGAAUCUCUGCAACUGCGGACCGCUCUGCCCGCAACAAAGCUUGUGGUUCGAGCUGCUCGAACCGAGUCCAAAGGCGUCUCACUGGGCUUCCGAGCUCCCAAUUUUGAGAUUCCGGAGCCACUUACUGGGAAAGUUUGGAAAUUGGAAGAUUUUGAAUCACAUCCUGCAUUACUGGUUAUGUUUAUCUGCAACCACUGCCCAUUUGUUAAACACCUGAAAAAAAGUAUCGUGAAACUUGCAAAUUUCUAUAUGAAGAAAGGACUAGCAGUUGUUGCAAUAUCUUCAAAUUCUGUAGCUACACAUCCACAGGAUGGACCACAAUUUAUGGCAGAAGAUGCUAAACUGUUCAAAUAUCCUUUCCCAUAUCUAUAUGAUGAGUCACAGGAUGUGGCUCGAGAUUUUGGAGCAGUUUGCACACCCGAGUUCUUCCUAUUUAAAAAGGAUGGACGGAGGCCAUUUGAACUGGUGUACCAUGGCCAGUUUGAUGAUUCAAGACCUAGUAAUAAUGUGUCUGUAACUGGAAGGGACUUAAGCCUGGCAAUAGAUUGUGCUCUCAGUUGCCAACCAGUACCAUCGAAUCAGAAGCCCAGUGUUGGAUGCAGCAUAAAGUGGCAACCCUAGAGAUAACUGUGAUAUGUAAACUUGGUUUCAACUUUCUUGAGAUUAUAAUCUGUGAGUAAAUUUUUUCUUCAUGACGUUUCUUUUGAAUGGACGGCAGCCUUAUUUAUAUCGGAAUGUAACUUAUAAUUUCUUCUCAUUGUUCCUCUAAUAUUCCUUUUUUCAUUGCUUUCAGUUUCCGAAACCACAUAAAGAUAGGAUAUACUAUAAUAUUUGAUUUCCUUUCCCUCAUUUCGGUGAGAAGCUGUUGUAAUUGGAAACCUACAACGUUUUUAUAUACUAUAUUAAUCAAUAAAUUUGUCUCCCUCAAAAUAUGGGAUGCCUGAUGAUAUUUGCACA